AUGGAUCGCAGGCAGCAACUGAACCUCCUGUACCUUUUGUACUUAAGAAAAAAGAAAAGACAGUGCAGAAUCCACUGGAUUCACCCAACUAAUAAGCAAAGAGAUACUCUAGGAGCAUUUGCAACAUUGUAUAAAGAAUUAAGAAGUGAUCAUGUAAAGUUCUUUGGGUAUUUUUGUAUGUCCAUGAACACUUUUGAUGCACUCCUACAAUGCUUACAUCUCCAUCUACAACAUGAAAACACCAAAAUGAGAGAUGCUAUUCCACCAGUAGAGAGAUUAGCAGUCACCAUUAGGUACCUAGCAAGUGGCCAUACAUUUACAGACUUGCACUAUGCCUUCAGGAUGGGAAUAUCUACUAUAUCUGGCAUUGUGAAUUCUGUAUGUCGAACCAUAUGGGCUGUUCUUCAGGAAAAAUGCAUUCCAAAGCCUUCACUACAGAAGCUGCAGGAAAUAGCUGAAGGCUUUGAGAAGAAAGCAUAUUUUCCACAUUGCAUUGGUGCUGUGGAUGGUAAACAGAUAAGGACUACCAAAUCUCAAGGAAGUGGUUCAGUGAACUCCAACUACAAAGACUGUUUUUCUGUUGUACUGAUGGCAGUAGCAGAUUCUGAUUACCGUUUUACUUUUGUGGAUGUUGAUGGUUAUGGAAAUGCUUGUGAUUCAUCUAUCUUCAAAAACACCUCUUUCUGGAAAAGUAUUGAUGAAAAUGAACUUCCUUUGCCUGAGCCUAAACCUCUGCCAGGUUCAGACCAGCCAUGUGUGCCAUAUGUUAUUGUGGGUGAUGAAGCAUUUGGUCUACACUCUAACUUGAUGAGGCCUUUUGGUGGCAAGCAAUUAAGUAUUGCAAAGAAAGUGUUCAAUUACCGCUUGAAUAAAGCAAGGUUGUAUGUAGAACAUGCCUUUGGUAUUUUAAAUAAUAAGUGGAAAAUAUUACAUCGUCCUCUUAAUGUGUCACCGGAACUUGCAGUAAAUAUUGUUAAAGCUUGUUGCAUUCUACACAAUUUUGUGCAAGAGCGAGAGAGAUAUAAUUUUGAAGAUACACUGACAAUAAUUGGGCUAGAUGAUGUUCCUCGUGCAUUAUCAGUGAGAUCCGGUGCUCCUGCCAAUUUUAUCAGAAAUGCAUUUACAGACUAUUUCAUGAGUAAAACUGGAUCUCUGUCACGGCAGUUCUCAAAAAUAUAAUAGUGGUAGCUGUAGAGGUGAGCAUCUUAUCAUACAGUAGACUAUAUUUCUUUGUACAUGUGGGUAAAAUGUAUUCCAAAGAUCUGAAUUUUUAAAACUGUAAAAAGUUUUGGGGUAGUGAUAAAUAAAUUGCAAUUAUGUAAAAUAUA